AUGAAAAAAAAAAUUCCCAUUAAUCUUCCUCGCAUCCCUCUUUCACAGCCUUUCCAUAAUAUCGUGACGGAUAUUUUCUACCGUGAGCCGAUUACUCCACAUCCUCGGGACGGCAUCCCUGGCCACUCCACGCCUCCGACGCCCUCGCACUCAAGUCUGGACUACUUUUCCAGCGGUGCGUCAAGCACCCAUCCCUCGCCGGUCAGUCAGUCCCUCGCCAGUCAGCACCCAUCCCUCGCCCGGUCAGUCAGUCUUCCCAGUCCCUCGCCCGGUUCAGUCCUCGCCAGCCCGGUAGUCUCCUCCAGCACGUCCCUCGCCCGGUCAGUCUCGCCCUCCAUCCUCGCCCGGUCAGUCAGUCUCCCAGUCACCCAUCCCUCGCCGGUCAGUCAGUCUCCCCAGUCCUCGCCCGGUCAAACACAUCCCUCGCCCAGUCCAGUCUCCAGCACCCAUCCCUCGCCCGGGUCAGUCCCUCCCAGCACCCCAUCCCCUCGCCCGGUCAAGUCUCCCCAGCACCCAUCCCUCGCCCGGUUCAGUCUCGCCCAGCACCCUCCCUCGCCGGUCAGUCUCCCCAGCACCCAUCCCUCGCCCGGUCAGUCAGUCUCCCAGCACCCAUCCCUCGCCGGUCAGUCAGUCUCCCCAGCACCCAUCCCGCCCGGUCAGUUCCCGCCAUCCCAUCCCUCGCCGUCUCCCCAGCACCCAUCCUCGCCCGGUCGUCAGUCUCCCCAGCACCCAUCUCGCUCAGUCAGUCUCCAGCACCCAUCCCUCGCCCGGUCAGUCUCCCCAGCACCCAUCCUCGCCUCAGCCGGCCGGUCAGUCUCCCCCAGCACCAUCCUCGCCCGGUCAGUCCAGUCAGCACCCAGUCAGUUCCCCAGCACCCAUCCCUCGCCCGGUCAGUUCCCCAGCACCCAUCCUCUCCAGCACGUCCAGUCUCCAGCACCCAUCCCUUCGCCCAGCAUCCUCGCCGGUCAGUCUCCCAGCACCCAUCCCUCGUCCCGGUCGUCUCCCCAAGCACCCAUCACCUGUCAGUCGUCCCAGCACCCAUCCUCGCCCGGUCAGUCAGUCUCCCCAGUCCCUCGCCCGGUCAGUCAGUCUCCCAGCACCAUCCUCUCGCCGGUCAGUCAGUCUCCCCCAGCAUCCCUUCGCCCGGUCAGUCAGGUCUCCCCACCAUCCUCGCACCCCCAUCCCUCGCCGGUCAGUCUCCCCAGCACCCAUCCCUCGCCCGGUCCAGUCUCCCAGCACCAUCCCUCGCCCGGUCAGUCUCCCCAGCACCCAUCCUCGCCCGGUCAGUCGCACCGUCAGUCACUCCCCAGCACCCAUCCCUCGCCCGGUCAGUCAGUCUCCCCAAGCACCCAUCCCUCGCCCGGUCAGUCCAUCUCCCCAGCACCCAUCCCUCGCACCCGUCCUCCCCGGUCACUCUCCCCAGCACCAUCCCUCGCCCGGUCAGUCUCCCCCAGCACCCAUCCUCGCCGGUCAGUCUCCCCAGCACCCAUCCUCGCCGGUCAGUCUCCCCAGCACCAUCCCUCGCCCGGCUCCGUCAGUCUCCCCAGCACCCAUCCUCGCCGUCAGUCUCCCCAGCCCCAUCCCUCGCCCGGUCAGUCUCCCCAGCACCCAUCCCUCGCCCGUCUCCCAGCACCCAUCCAGUCUCCCCAGCACCAUCCCUCGCCCGGUCAGUCUCCCCAGCACCCAUCCCCGCCCGGUCAGUCUCCCCAGCACCCAUCCCUCGCCCGGUCAGUCAGUCUCCCCAGCACCCCAUCCUCGCCCGGUCAGUCUCCCCAGCACUCAGUCAGUCUCCCCAGCACCCAUCCCUCGCCCGUCUCCCCAGCACCCAUCCCGCCCGGUCAGUCAGUCCCUCCCAGUCUCCCCAGCACCCAUCCCUCGCCCGUCAGUCAGUCUCCCCCAGCACCCAUCCCUCGCCCGGUCAGUUCUCCCUCGCCCGGGUCAGUCUCCCCAGCACCCAUCCCUCGCCCGGUCAGUCUCUCUCCCCAGCACCAUCCCUCGCCCGGUCAGUCUCCCCCAGCACCCAUCCUCGCCCGGUCAGGUCUCAGCACGCCCGGUCAGUCUCCCCAGCACCCAUCCCAGUCAGUCUCCCAGCACCCAUCCCUCGCCCGACUCGCAGAUAUAGAAGAACCUGGAUUCGAUUACUAUCAGAAAAUGUCUGUGAUUAAAAACCUGAUAUGCAAGGCGUCCACAACGCAGGAUCCUUCGGGUUGUCAUAUAACCACGGGACCAAAGGCGCCGGGGAUCACAACACCACCUGCCCUCAGCUGGGAACAAAGCGCUUCCACCACGGAGCCACUCUCGGAGGUCAGCGCAGGAGCUCAGCGACGGCGGAGGACGCGAGCCCAGGAGGCCGGCCGGCGCGAGCGGAGGAACCGACUCCCCGACACACGAACCCUCGCCGCCUCGGAAGGACUGGGGGCGUGGCCGCUGAUGGGAUUACGUGAGGGCUCCACGACUCUGGGGAUUACCCUUCACACUCGACCAGCCCCGCCCGCCCCGCCCGCCCCCGCCCUAAUCCCGCGCCGGGGAUCGUCCGCCGAUACAACCCGUGUACCUGCCACCCACCGACACGCCGGACACGCCACGCCGCCGCCCACCGCCCGCCCGCACAAGGGCUGUAACGAGGAGGAUGAAGAGAAUGAUUCCAAAGAGACGGAUUACGAAGAGGAGGAGGAUAAGUUGGACGAAUAA